CUUAGUGUUUUUCUAUUUUGCUAGACUUCAUGAUAGUUACGUCGAUAAGAUAUUGUCAUUGAUCGACAAAAGCGUUUAUAUUGCAAUUCAGAUAGAUUUUUUUUCUUUUUAAUGGAAGCCCCGCAGCCGUUGAGCUCAACACAAUCAAUGAGCGGGCUUUGUAAACAAAUACACACAGUAGUCAAAGGACCCGGUGCACAUCCACGACGGGGUUAAAAAGAUAAAUAUAUACAUUUUAAAAUCUGGAUUUAUAGUUAUUAGCUGAGUGGAUAUUUCAGAUCAAGACACCGAGUGAAUGUUUAAUGCUGUUUAAACUUCUGACUGUUGGAGCCAGGCCUUUUUGGUUCGGUAAGAAACAUUGCUUGCUGCCAUGCUUGGUGGUGCACCAAGGAUGUGAUAGAAAGCAGCCUAGUUUGCAAAGAUGAAGGCCAAAAAGAAGAAGAGGCAGGAUGAUUUCCAGAAGGUCAAGCUAAAAGUAGGAAAGAAAAAACCCAAAGCCGAUAAUGUCACUAACACCAACUUCCGCACAAGAGGAAUCUAUCUCUCUGAACAACUGAAGAAAGACACCAGUGGUCCCACAACCCACAGACAGCUGGGUAUCAAUGACCUUUUGUCUCAGCUCCAUCAUUACAAUGCCAAUGUGAAACACAGUGCCUUGUUGGGUUUGAGAGAGUUGCUGUCCACUUGUCCCUCUGUCUUAGAGCAACAUCUUUCACGCUUGCUCUCUGAAGUGGCAGCUGUUGUUACAGAUAAGGAUGGCAAUGUUCGAGUGGCAGCUAUACGUGUUCUCAGGUUCAUUGCACAGUCUGUGCCUGCAGAACGAGUGGCUCCGUUUUUCCCCCUCCUUAGUGCCCACUUGUCUUGUGCCAUGACCCACAUUGAAGCAGGCAUCCAGGAGGAUGCCAUGAAUGUCCUAGAUGUGUUCUUGGAGCACUACCCAUCUCUGUUAGCUGCACGCCCAGCAGUACUCCUCACUAACUUUCUAGAGCUGAUCUCACACAGACAGAACACUGGAGGAGCCAAAAAAGGUCAGGAUCUCAAGGGACGAACCUGGACGCUGUCAGUUAACCCUGACAGGACUGUGACUAGCCAGCAGUGGCGUCUCUCUGUUCUCCUCAGGCUUGGGCGGUUUCUGCAGGCAGUCGUUGAGGAGAGACCCAUAGAGGAAGGUGAUAUGUCUGUCCGAACUGAUAGAGUAUUUGGAUCAAGUGGAGAAAGCCGUCGUACACCCCUGUAUCUCUGCUGGGAAGAACUCAUUUACAACAAAGUCGGAGUUAAAGUGUAUGAACAUUCAGGAGCCAAACCAACUCCUCACUCCACUUUUAGACUCAGACCUGAGAUGGACCAAGAAACUACAGUAAAUGAAGGUCUUGACUCAACUGAGACUGUACAGAGGUUUGCAGCUACGCUUGUGCCUCUGCUGUUGGAAGUAUGGGUUGAAGCCAGUGCCAAUGACUGCGCCUGGAAUAGCACAGAGGGUGCUCAUCUGCUCUCCCCAGAUGCCAUGUCAGUAAUGUUCCAGGUUUUGACCAUUUUACAGCUGCUGAAAAAACUGGCCCCACAACAGGACAACCAAGAUGCACUGGAUACAUGGUUCCGUAAAGAAUAUCUGGAAGACUUUAAGCAGCACUUCAUGAAAAACUUUCCUUAUGGUACUCGGGAUACACCCAAACAUAAAAAGAAGGUUGAUCUCAAAAGGAGCAAACAGAAUGCUGCCGUGCCCGUUGUGACUGUGGAGCCACUUGCCUUGAAUAUCACACUUUGCCAAGUCAUGGUGUCCCUCAGCCAGAAGCAGGGCCUUAGUCAAGAGGUGGAUGGAGACUGGCUGACACCACUAAGGACUUUUGUUCGAGACACUCUUGGGAGUGGAGUAAAAUUGAGCUACAAGCAGCUGCACAUGCUGCUGGGCACUGUGUGGAAAAUGGUGCUUACACAGAGGAACAAAACAGUGACGGAGGACCUGUUGGCAGCAGUGUAUAUCUACUAUAAGCAGAGGAGCCUCCCGCGGCAGACACGAUCUCUGCUGCUUUCUUUCUACAGUAAACUCUACCUGCAGGAGCAAGGACAUCUACACAUUGCAAGGAGUAAGGUGCUUUGCUGUUGGUUGGCAUCUCUUCCUCUGCAGCUGUCCCAGCUGGGCCACCGUAAUCCCACACUCUCUGCACAACUUAUAACUUCCAUCCAAGCUGCAGCUUCUCGAGGCAACAAAGACCUUCUCAACAGUCUCCAGACACAUGCCUGCAGGCUCUAUGAUCCACAGGAAGGAGUUGUAGUGCUGUUACCAGCAGAGUCACAACAGCAAAUGGUGCAGUUGCUCUACUUCCUUCCCAAGAUGUCCCAGCCUCUUCUGGCCAAUCUGAGCGGCUGCUGCUCUGCUGGACGAUUCUCUGCUAGCCUCGCCGCGUCUCUGAUCCGUAUCGUGCAUUUUAGGUCCUCUCUGCGUGGCUGGUCAGUUGGGAGCCAGGAAGCUGCUCUGCAGGACGUGGACUACAUCAGCUUCCUGUUCUCCACCCUAACAGGCUACUCAUCUGAAAAUCUCACCACCCUGCAGGACGACGAGAACGCCCUGCCUUCCACCCCACUUUCACCCCUCUGCCUCUACCCCACUCCACUGGAGCAGUUCACUCAUCACUGGGAUGUUGUAGAGGAAGUCUGCCACUGUCUGGAAACUGUCGGGUCAAAGUCUCAGUGCUUUGACAUCCUGCAAAAUGGCAUUUCCAAGUAUCUGACCAAGUUGGAGGUAGUUCCUGACAGCAUGGCAGCUGGUCUGCUGAGAGCCGUAUCCAGAUUACUGGAUCUGUCCGUCCUACCGGUAGAGCCUGUGCUGCGCUUCUUGUCUCAGUGUCUCCUCAGCCUGCUGGCACUGCUUGUCACCUUGCAGCAGGAGGCCCCCACUGAAACCAACCACAAAAGGGAGGCGAUUUGGGGUGCUUGUGUGACGGCGUUGAGCAGCGUUCCUCGCCUGCUGCGGAUUGUUCUGCAGUCAAUGCGUGUUGAGGAUAUGAGUGAGGAGGAGCUGCCUCAGCUUGGACAGAUCCUCUCUAUGCUGCUGCAGCACACGCCGCUCCAUAACCAGCUGUUGGCCAAUGCUACACUGCUACAAGAGAUCAUACAGCACCUCACGAGAUAUUCCAGGGGUGCAACCAGAGAGCGGUGGCUGACAGAUUUACUCUACUGUUACAGCGUCACUGUGGCUCAUGGCUCUUCUGCACACCGUAGAGGUUUGGGCCUUCGAGACAUGUACUAAGCAAUGCAUUCGAUAAAGAAGUAUUGAGUGUGUUGUUUACUUCAUCCAGCAAACAUCCUUCAGUAACAAUCACAAAACACAGAGCUUGUUAGCAGCAAGUAAAUACAACCAAUUCCUUUUUGUUAUUAGUGACCAUAUUCCAUGUACUUUAUAAGUAACUUUUUAAGCCUCUUUACUGCAUCGUUGUUAGACUGAUCUUUUUUUUUUUUUUUUUUUUUUUUUUGGGCCUUCUUUCUGAGUAUUGUACACCCAGUGUGUGUACUGGGCUGCAAAGUGACUCUGAAUAAAAAAAAAAAAAAAAAGAGAAAAAGGUAAAAAACAAAAUAAAGUCAAAUUAAAAUAAGAUCAAAUGCA